AAGAUUCCCUUCACUCAGCACAAGACUAAAAACAUGGAGAUCUCCAGUACAACGCUCCUGUCAGAGUGUGGCCUCGGAUCAAUGGCCCAGUCAUCUGGACUUGUGGAGAUUGCUGUCAGGAUGUGCUUGAACCAGCGCAAACAACUGUGUCCUCAUGUUUGGGUUCCCAUCCUGAAGCCCCAGCGCCCUUGCAUUCGUCCGCAAGUAUCAUAUCAGCUACCCUCUGUCAUCUUGAGUCAAGCUUGUUUGACCCACCCUCUCUCAUCUCUCUUGGGUGACUUGGAUGAUGAGGUUUUGAUCCCAGUCAGGAACAAACGUGUGGUUUUCGCUGAUUCAAGAGGAUUGUCUCUAACAGCUGUGCGAGUAUUUUCUGACGAAGAGGAGCAGUCCGACCUCGACCUACUACCAUCGCUGCAGGGCUUGGGAGGCAUGAGAGAGGACGGCUACAGCUGCACCGUCAGCACCUGCUGCCCAGGAACACGGCUCAGAGUGAGCUUCCCGCAACCCUCGGCAGAUUUCCAGGCCUUCCGUGCCAAGCUGGAAGAGAGCAUGGUUAUCCUGGAGAACUGCAGUGUUACUGAACAGGCCCUCCAGGGUGCUGUCCGAGUCAGGAACAUCGGUUUCCAGAAGGAUGUGCGUGUGCGCAUCACCUUUGACUCAUGGCAGAGCUACAAAGAUGUGCCCUGCACGUACCUGCAGAAACGUUUCGGAGGACCAGAGAUAGACAGCUUUGAAUUUGACAUUGCCAUUCCUAAAGUGCUGGAUGCCAAAAGGAAGAUAGAAUUCUGUUUAAGGUAUUUACCAGGAGGGCAGCGAGAACCUUUUUGGGACAAUAACAAUGGACAGAAUUACAGCAUUGCAGUGUGUGUGAGCUCAUGUGGGAAGAAUCUAAGUGAAAGGGCAUGACUCACUCAACCUAAAAAGGAUCCCUGUGUUUGUCAUACAUAAUGCAUCGGUUCUGAUGAGGUGGAUAUUUUUUAUUAUGUUUGCAUUGAU